GGGGACGAGCAAUGGUAUCCAGCUUAUUCGAGGAAUUGUUACCACACUGCACAGUUACUUCCAUGGGGGGAGCCACAAACGAUCCCGCUGUGAGGAAAAUAUUCUUCAUACCCACCUUUACUUACAGCAGCCCAGAAACUUCGCCAGAGGGAACACCUCCAAAAAAACAGAGAACUGAAGACGCACGGCCACAUAAGAGAUCAAACCUUUUUGACGAGCAUUGCAAUGAAGAACCAAUUAUUGUGUAUCAAAAGGAUUUUGUUCCUGACAUGGUUGCUGAAGUCAUUGAUUUAAAAUGCAAAAGUAUCAGAGAAGUGUUAAAUGUUUCGGUGAAGUCCGGACAUUACUUAAGGGACAAAGAUCAUUGUCAGUUGAAGUAUGAACUGCUGCCUGUAGUGCUGAAGCAAAAGUCUGCCCUGGGCCUACUUAUUUGUGCAGGCGAAGCAUACAACACAGUCACUUGUUACUGUCGAUUUUACAAGUUCUGCAAUGAGAGUUUGUGUCAAAGUGUAUCCCAAAUGUGUAAAGAUGUUGUGUAUUAUGGUGGGAGUUAAAAAAAGUUUACGGACGACGACGACGGACGACGACGGACACCGGGCCAUGACAUAAGCACAAAGUGCCGUUGUGUAUUAUGGUGGGAGUUAAAAAAUAAUUACUUUAUAAAAUAUUUAUAAAAUACUAAACAUGAAAUAAUGAUGUGUUUUUUUAUUUAUUUAUACGCUUAUGAAUUUAUUGGCUUGGAAAAAAAAAGUGGCAAGUUUUUGUCUUCCGCAAAAGUGACUAAAGGUUUCAAAAUCCUAGCUGAAACCCUGCAUAUAUCAAUAGUUUAUAUAUAGGCUUAUGUCACAUAUGGGUUGUCUGGAAAGAAAUGAACAGUUUAUAAAAUCGUCUUUAUCCAAUAUUCAUAUUCAGGCAACCCACAAAUAAGUGAUGCCACAUUUUCAAAAUCCAAUAUGGCUGCCAAAUCC